ACCCAUAACAUGACUGCUGCUCACCCCUCCAGCUUCAUACUGACCGGCCUCCCCGGGCUGGAGCAGGCCCACUUCUGGGUGGCCUUUCCUGUGGGCCUGGUUUACAUGGUGGCACUGCUGGGGAUCUGCAUGGUGCUGGCAGUGGUGAGGGCUGAGCAGAGCCUGCACACGCCCAUGUACUACUUCCUGUGCAUGCUGGCGGCCGUGGACCUGGUCCUGGCCACCUCCACCGUGCCCAAGAUGCUGGCCAUCUUCUGGGCUGGGGCACGGGAGAUCAGCUUCCAUGCCUGCCUGGCCCAGAUGUUCUUCAUCCACACCUUCACUGCCACAGAGUCAGGGGUGGUGCUGGCCAUGGCCUUCGACCGCUACGUGGCCAUCUGUGCCCCGCUGCACUACACAGCUGUCCUGACCAGCCAGAGGGUUGUGGCCAUAGGGAUGGCUGCCCUGGCCCGGGGAGUCCUCAUCAUCCUCCCUCUGCCCUUCCUCACCCUGAGGCUGCGCUACUGUGGCCCCAACAUCAUCUCCCACGCCUACUGUGAGCAUAUGGGUAUUGCCAAACUGGCCUGCACCGAUAUCCGUGUCAACUGGCUCUACGGGCUUGUCAUUGCCCUGCUGGUCAUGGGCUUGGACCUGCUGCUCAUUGGCCUCUCCUAUGCCCUCAUCCUGCAGGCUGUGCUGAGCCUCCCUUCCCACGAGGCUUGGUUCAAGGCCUUUAGCACCUGCGGCUUCCACUUCUGUGUCAUCCUGACCUUCUUCACACCUGCGUUCUUCUCCUUCAUCACCCACCGCUUUGGCCAUGGUGACCCCCUCUAUGUCCACAUCCUGUUGGCUGUGCUCUAUGUGCUGCUGCCCCCCAUUCUGGACCCCCUCAUAUAUGGGGUGAAGACCAGGCAGAUCCGGGACCGGGUGCUGUGGUUGUUUUGGCCCAAAGAGCUGAGCAGAAGCCAAGCUGGGUGUGGAGAUGGGCAUGGGGUUCAGCUCCCAGGGGUGGGCGAUGAUCAGAGCUGUGCCAGCACUACAGGCCACAGGCAAGGGGCAUAG